AGCCCAAUUUACUUUUAAUUGGGCUCGAACCUAAAAAACAACAAUGCGAAAUCGAAUUGGUGUAACGGUUUCUGUAAGGUAAGAGCAAAAUAUAGCUCAAUCAGUUAAAUCUCUCCACAGUUUCAGUAGCAAUGGCGGUUUCCUUGCUACGAAACCCCUUUUCUCCACCGUGGAUUACGUCGCUAAUAUCAAGAGGAUGCUCGCCAAACUCAUACGGUUUCAAGCCCCUCAGAGUUGCAUCUUUCAGCUUCUCCACCUCCGCCGCUGCCGACGAAGAAGUUGAGUCGUCGGAGAUAGCCCCAAAAUGGGAAUCUAUUCGCAAGAAGAAAGUGGUUAUGCGCGUUGGCUACGUGGGGUCCGAUUACAGAGGAUUGCAAAUUCAGAGGAGUGAACCUGAUAUAUUAACCAUUGAAGGUGAACUAGAAAAGGCUAUUUUUAAAGUUGGCGGAAUUAGAGAGAGCAAUUUUGGGGAUUUGAACAAAAUUCGCUGGGCGAGAAGUAGCCGGACUGAUAAAGGGGUUCAUUCGCUGGCAACCAUGAUCGCUUUUAAAAUGGAGAUUCCAGAAUUUGCUUGGAACAAUGAUCCAAAUGGCGUUGCUCUUGCCAGAUAUGUUAACUCCCAUCUUCCCGAAAAUAUAAGAGUCUUCAGCAUCUUACCUUCACAAAGGAGUUUUGAUGCCCGAAGAGAAUGUAACAUUCGCAAGUAUUCCUAUCUUCUCCCGGCUGAAGUUAUUGGAGUAAAAGAAAAUUCUUCAACUGAUGAAAUCGAUCGUCAUGUAUCAGAUUUUAAUAAUAUACUGAACGUUUUUGAGGGUGACCAUCCUUUUCACAAUUAUACUGUUAGAUCUAAAUACAGAAAACGCUCUCCUCGUAGAGUUUCUGUAAAGAAUUAUCCAUCAAGUACGUCCAAGUUAUCACCUGCACAGAGUGGCUCUGACAUGGAAGGAAGUGAUGAAGAAGAUAUUGGCGAAGCUGAUGAAUCUUCCUUUACAAAUUCUGGGGAAGGGAAGCACAACUCUCUCCUCUCCAACUCAGACAGGAGCGCGGAUGGAGACGAGGACACCUUGAAGGAACAGGAAAAUAUAGUUGUACCUCUACUCGCUCGGUGGCUAGACAAACCUGAUGAGAACGACAGGAUUGGAGCAUCACAUUUCAGAAAGAUUUUCCAGUGCUGCUGUGGCGAAUUGGAGCAGUUGUCCGGUGCUAGCUUCGUUGAAAUCUCCAUCUGUGGAGAGUCAUUCAUGCUGCAUCAGAUACGCAAAAUGGUAGGGACUGCUGUAGCUGUGAAACGUGAGUUGCUGCCAAGAGACAUUCUGAGUAUAUCAUUGUCCAAGUUCUCGAGGAUCGUCUUGCCUCUUGCCCCGUCGGAAGGUCUAUUUUUGAGGAGCAAUAGCUUUGCAAUCCGAAACAGACCAGGCAAUCUAAAGAGGCCGGAGAUGAAGGCAUUGGUCGAAUCUGAGGAGAUCCUCGAAUCAGUCAAUGAUUUCUAUCGUUUGGUGAUGUUGCCUCAGAUGUCCAAGUUUUUAGACCCUUCAAACUCCCCUUGGAAAGAAUGGGUGCCGUUGUUAGAUGCAAACACCGGUAUCCCAGAGUCUCAACUGGACGACGUGAGAGUUGCUUGGAAGUUGUGGCACGAGAAGCUCGGGAGUCAAAGGAGGAUGGCGGCCUAGCCUCGAUUCAUCAAAGUGUAUCGGCCUAUUAUUUUCAACUAUCAUAGGUAUCCCUCAUAGCAUUUGUUUCUUCGCUUACACAUUGUAUGUUACAUUGACUAGACCUAGACCUAGACCUAGACCUAGACCCAAUUUAUGAGAUCGUCUCUCCAUCAUUUUGACAUAUACUGUGUUGUAAAUAAUUUUCACAUGUUAUAAUGUCAUUAUUUAUUCU